AUGGCGGACGAAGACCUCAUGAAGAUGUCCAUAAACCCAGGCGCCUGGGCCGCGGCGCAAUUGGAUCCGGCGGAAAUUUGCAUGGACAGUUUCGAUGAGAACACCAGGAAAGCCCUCGAGGGCUUCGAGAAAGCCGUGCGACCCGCGGGCCUCGCCGUGACCGGUGCCAGUGGUGAGGCCAUCCGUAGCCGAGCAGAAAAGCUGCUCAAAGUCGAGUGCCGAGUCCUCGUCAACGCCGGCGAGGCGUUGUUGAGCGCAGUGGGAAGGGAGCUGAAGUGUCCCAAAAUGGUGCUCUUGCUGCAGAAGCUGCCCAAGCUGUUGGCUCGCCAGGCUGCGCGGCAUCAUUGCAGCACUGAUUGCAGGGUGCUGCAGCAUGUGCGUGCAAAGGCUGCGAUACAUCGCCAGAAGCCACGGCGAGCCGGCAUAGCUUGUCACCCGAGCCAAAAUGAGACUGGCGAGAAGUUUGGCGGGACCAUGAUGGUCUCCGAAGAGGAGCUCUCAAAGAUGUCGAAGAUGUCGGUGGCAGAGACAGCCCUGGAGCCGAAGGGACGAUACAGCGUGGACCACCGAGCUCUGCUUUUUGGGUCACGCUUUGGCCGGGGCGAUGUCGUGAACACGAAGGGCAAGGCCGCAGCUAUAGCUUAUGCUGCCGCCGAGCAGGAAGAGCUCCAGCUGCAGAACGAGGAGCUGGCCGAAAGGCUCUCCAGCAAAGUGGACCAGCUCAGAGAGAUCAGCUUGAGCAUCGCCGAGGAGACCAAGGAGUCUACGAAGCAAACUGACGACAUGAACAGGCAGUUUGAUCGCGCUGGCGGCUGGCUGUCGCAAGCCAAUGCCAAGCUGCAGGCGGGUGUUGUGGUUCAGUUUUCUUCGAUGGGCUGUGGGAAGUGCCUGAACUGA